AGUUCAUAAGGUGAAAUUGAUAAUGACAUGAUGAGAAAAGCCGCCCGCCCGCAUACAAUUAGAAAAACUUCAGGACCAGAAACCAGAGUUUCACUUGGAGUGGCCUUAGGGAAUACAUGAUCGAAGUGAUUACACAAUAAGAGUGAUUCCUUGGUAAUGCUGGACUGACUUCCUUCAAGACAGCCUUCCGAGUUACUUAGCCAAAGAAAAUAUGUUAUGGCGAAUUACUGAGCAACUUCGUUUAGAAGAUUUUUUAAUGAGAAAUUAUAUUACCUCCAUCGGCUCUUCUCAUGAAAUGUUUUUAUUUGACUUCACAUCACAUGACCCCCCCCACACACACACACAGUCUGAGUAUGCCGUUUCAGAAGGACUUUGUGAUAAUCCAGUCCAAUCGUAUGAGGAAGCCAUAAAGCUCCGCCUUCCUCUCGGGUAGUCUCUCCCUGUCCACCUUCACCUAUCCCUCGGCCACAUCCAUCACACACUCACAGACUGGCCAAAGCUCAAGUAUGGUGAUGAGGGUUAGUCCGUGUGAUCACAUGACCCGGCUUUAUACCACUUGCCCUUAGGCAAUACGUACCAAUACCUGUACCUCACAUGCAAACAAACACCUUAUGUACAUCUAAUAGAUGAUCAAGCAGCUUGUAUAAUAUUGUGGUCAUAAAUUCGGCGGCUGAUAAGUUUUACAUUGUAUAGCCUCGUUCCCAGGCCGUUUGUUCUCUAAUUGAACGCUAAGUCGAAAAAGGGCCUGGUAUCCAUUGUUAGUGCUCAUGCGCACCACACUUACCCGAGUAAUCGUACUACGAACGUAAAACUUUUUGUAAAUAAUACCUACCCCACACGCCGGAUUAUUGUGAGUAACAAUUGUUUUAUGGCAGUUCAUAUAUAAUUAAAUAUACACAUUCAAACUAAUUCCACACGAUUUACUCGAAAGCGAACAAAUGUAUAACUUCCAUUCUUGAACAUGUACUCUGUUUCAACUUGGUCUUGUGGAAAAAAUAGAUGAUACCCACUACCAUCGCUUAUGACACAGUCAUAUCCCCUCUCAAUAGGGUAUUCCUUGAAAUUGAAUACUUGUAUUUGAGUCCAUUUCUUUAACUUGUAGCUGUAUAUAUCUACGGUGACUCUUCCUGUGAAUGGCCACUGAAGCGUAUCAUCAAAUUCCCCUCUCAUUAUGAAAGCAUACACUGACAUGUGAGUAUUCGUUCCAGUGUUGGAUCCGUUCGGGUAUAUUUGUAAGCUCAUUUUGUACCCUUUAGGAUGAGAAUAAAUGGUGGGCUCAUUAUUGUACAGUUGUCUUUCUUGUAUUGCCGAUAGUUGUACACGGUAAAGUAGAACGGAGGUACUGGUGGUAGCGGUCUAGCUUCCAUUUGCUGUUUCAAUAACGUAUUUUCAGCCUCAAGUGCUGUCACAUUAUUCUUAAUUUCUCUAUUCUCGGUAGCUAGCAUUUCUAAUUUUCUAGCAAGAAAAGCCACCUGCACUUCAUUGGUCGAUUAGCACAAUUGUCAGCCUCAUGAGAAGCAAUCGCUCGUCGCUCGAACUUUCCCUGCACUUAUACUUGCACUCAAUCAUGACAAAGCCACAUCCCCCUAUAGAGUUAGCCGUGGGGUUGAGGUGGUGGUCCACUUGUCCUAGCUCCCCUUGCCAGUUACAGCCCUGGGCCUUCUUGGGACAAUACACCCUCAGGGCAUUCACCUCUCGGGCCACACCCUUGUGGAGAAGUGUCAUGAAGUCUGGAGAAUUGCAGAGAGGACAAGGCUUUCUGUUACUCUUGAUUCGACCAAUGCAAGGGUCACAAAAGUGGUUACCACAGCAACUGAUGACCAUGGAGUCUCGUAGCGUCAAAAGGCAUAUUGAACACUCCAAAGAUUUGGGGGGCUGAUCUACAAAAUCGUAAUCGUAACCUCCACUGAAUUUAGCCAUUUCUCAAGCCAGCUGCAUGUAGAAACAAAAUGUUGGUAGCUAUAUAUAAUUCUAGUAUAAUAAUUAUUAUAACUAGUGUUCAAGCUGGCGCUGUGCUAAUGCCUCUCGCCAUGUUUUUGCUUUCGCUGAAAAGUAUUAGAGUGUUAUAUUAGUUUCUAUAAUGAAUUUUAUAUUAAAGUUAGCUUAUCUAUAUAAAAUCACUGAGAAGAAAAGACUUAUUUACAUGCAUCUAUUGUUGUAUUAUGUGGCUUACUAGGACCUCAGGAAAGAAGAAAAAUUGAUUCUUCCAGGAUCUGUAGUUCAGUGUAUAUAAGAAAGACCUGUGUACAUGCAUAUUGUUAUCUAUAUUGUUAUAUGGUAGUGUUUUGACUGUGGCUUACCAGGCCUUCAAGACAAAGAUGAUUCUGCCAGGAGGAUCUGGAUCUGGAUCUUGGAUAUUUAUUUCUCACGUUGGGAAUGAGCGCGCAUGCGCAUUACAUCCACAGGAAUAAUUAAAGGUGUGUCCAAAGAGAUCAAAUGGCUACUGCUAGCUAGCUGUUUUAACAGAUAUUUUCUGAGUAUUGUAGCUAACAAAAAGCUAGCGCUUUAGUGCAAGGCUAACUCAUAUGUUGAAUAGAAAGUUUGUGCGGACAGAUGAUGCUAUGAAAGAUUCUGAAGAGACUGCAACAGCCUUCAAUAUCUGACAGGCUGUAUGGAUGGCUCCGUGGUGAUGUGGGAGUCAGUUGGUAACCGUCUCCACCCAGAUUCCCCCAUGCUCUGGGGCCAGCGUCACCAUGAUAUUAUUCACUCCAGAGGGAAACAAAGUGGUUGAAUAUUUAUAGUUUGAGUGUGCACUGUAAAACUGGAGCUUUUGGGAAAUGUAUGUCAUUGUGUACCCACUUCUUCAUUAUUCAUGGAUUCACAUUUAUAGAUUUCUGGGGUGCAUAUUUGUUGCUUGUACACGUACUUAGAUUGGCUACCAAAUGAAAUCAAUAUGCAUUGCAUAGUGAACCUUUCCUUAGUGCCAUUGUCCCUCCCCCCCGAAAUUGGCCCAUCUGUACUGUUUUCACUGGCUUCCCAAUGGAAUUACUAUGAAGCCUCAUUAAUGCGUUUUCUACCUCCAUACGUACAUGCAUACAGUCAAGAUAAUCUCUCUUUACCAUAAGUGUCACCUGUGCAGGUUCAAUAUAAUAGUAUAUAUAAUUUAUGCCUCUUUACCAUUCGCAUACAUCACAGUAGCCUCGAUUCAAGGCCUUGAAUCGAGGCUAACAUCACAGGUUCUGGACAGCAAUUCAUUUGAGGAGCUUGCCUCGUACCCCGGCCUCCAUGCCAACGUCUGAGCAUGCCGUUUCAGAAGGAGAACUUUGUGAUGAUCCAGUCCAAUCGUGUGAGGAAGCCACAAAGCUCUGCCUUCCUCUCGGGUCGUCUAGAUCUCUCCCUGUCCACCUUCACCCAUCCCUCUAUUUUCUAUACUCUAUGAUCUAUGGUUGUAGUGAGCAACAAUUAAGAUUCACUGUUACAGUAUAGAGUAUGUAGAUGAUAUUAUUAUAUACAUGUAAUUUGCACGCAUGUCCCCUGCAGUUGAUGAGGAGGAACGUGGUUGGAGUGCAGAGAAUGGCCCCCCACCCCACUCUGGCUUAUUAUCUGACUGGCUGUAUGGAUGGCUCCGUGGUGAUGUGGGAGUUUGGUAACCGUCUCCACCCAGAUUCCCCCAGGCUCUGGGGCCAGCGUCACCAUGAUAUUAUUCACUCCAGAGGGAAACAAAUAGCCUCGAUUCAAGGCCUUGAAUCAAGGCUAACAUCACAGGUUCUGGACAGCAAUUCAUUUGAGGAGCUUGCCUCGUACCCCGGCCUCCAUGCCAACGUCUGAGCAUGCCGUUUCAGAAGGAGAACUUUGUGAUGAUCCAGUCCAAUCGUGUGAGGAAGCCACAAAGCUCUGCCUUCCUCUCGGGUCGUCUAGAUCUCUCCCUGUCCACCUUCACCCAUCCCUCUAUUUUCUAUACUCUAUGAUCUAUGGUUGUAGUGAGCAACAAUUAAGAUUCACUGUUACAGUAUAGAGUAUGUAGGUGAUAUUAUUAUAUACAUGUAAUUUGUACGCAUGUCCCCUGCAGUUGAUGAGGAGGAACGUGGUUGGAGUGCAGAGAAUGGCCCCCCACCCCACUCUGGCUUAUUAUCUGAUUAGCUGUAUAUAUGGAUGGCUCCGUGGUGAUGUGGGUGUUUGGUAACUCUCGGCCAGUCUCCACCCAGAUUCCCCCGGGCUCUGGGCCCAGCGUCCGAUUCACUUCAGAGGGAAACAUAGUGUUUCGCUUAUUAAACCUUUAUUGGAUUGGUCCAUUUUUGUGCUACUGAUAUAGGUUAAUUUUUAACAGUUAAUUUGUUUCACUGUACCCAAAAAUGUACGAUUAUAAUAAUAAUAAAUGGCAUUUGAGUUCCUAUACCAGCUAAUGGUUCAUACUCCUCACCCCAACAGUAUAUGGAGUAACAUGUGACCAUUAUUGCUGUUGCUAAAUAUAAUUAUAGCUAGCAGCUUUCAUUAAUUGUAGUGAGUGAUAAGAUUGUUACACUAGUUACAACCAUGUGCUUCCAGUGUUGUUGAUAUGAGUUUCCCUUGCAGUUAAUGGGUGUGGCCCAUGUAAGGGUGCACAGUAGCCCCAUAUAGGUGAGCCUGUUGCAUGGAGGAGGAACGUGGUUGGAGUGCGGAGAAUGGCCCCCCUCACCCCACGCUGGCUUAUUAUCUGACUGGCUGUAUGGAUGGCUCCGUGGUGAUGUGGGAAUUUGGUAACCCUCGGCCAGUCUCCACCCAGAUUCUCCCGGGCUCUGGGGCCAGCGUCACCAUGAUACGAUUCACUCCAGAGGGAAACAAAUAUGGAGUGACUGACAACAGUGGCAAGCUGUCGCUAUGGCAAGGGAUACACACAGCUGCCCGCAAGCCCUACCACUCUCUAUACUCUGGUAUGAAGCACCUCAGUGACUUUCUGUUCCUCGGCUCCUCCAGUUUCAUAGCAACCUGUGGGGACGGCAGCGACAACAGUCUGAGUAUGCCGUUUCAGAAGGACUUUGUGAUAAUCCAGUCCAAUCGUAUGAGGAAGCCACAAAGCUCCGCCUUCCUCUCGGGUAGUCUCUCCCUGUCCACCUUCACCUAUCCCUCGGCCACAUCCAUCACACACUCACAGACUGGCCAAAGCUCAAGUAUGGUGAUGAGGGUUAGUCCGUGUGAUCACAUGACCCGGCUUUAUACCACUUGCCCUUAGGCAAUACGUACCAAUACCUGUACCUCACAUGCAAACAAACACCUUAUGUACAUCUAAUAGAUGAUCAAGCAGCUUGUAUAAUAUUGUGGUCAUAAAUUCGGCGACUGAUAAGUUUUACAUUGUAUAGCCUCGUUCCCAGGUCGUUUGUUCUCUAAUUGAACGCUAAGUCGAAAAAGGGCCUGGUAUCCAUUGUUAGUGCUCAUGCGCACCACACUUACCCGAGUAAUCGUACUACGAACGUAAAACUUUUUGUAAAUAAUACCUACCCCACACGCCGGAUUAUUGUGAGUAACAAUUGUUUUAUGGCAGUUCAUAUAUAAUUAAAUAUACACAUUCAAACUAAUUCCACACGAUUUACUCGAAAGCAAACAAAUGUAUAACUUCCAUUCUUGAACAUGUACUCUGUUUCAACUUGGUCUUGUGGAAAAAAUAGAUGAUACCCACUACCAUCGCUUAUGACACCGUCAUAUCCCCUCUCAAUAGGGUAUUCCUUGAAAUUGAAUACUUGUAUUUGAGUCCAUUUCUUUAACUUGUAGCUGUAUAUAUCUACGGUGACUCUUCCUGUGAAUGGCCACUGAAGCGUAUCAUCAAAUUCCCCUCUCAUUAUGAAAGCAUACACUGACAUGUGAGUAUUCGUUCCAGUGUUGGAUUCGUUCGGGUAUAUUUGUAAGCUCAUUUUGUAGCCUUUAGGAUGAGAAUAAAAUGGUGGGCUCAUUAUUGUACAGUUGUCUUUCUUGUAUUGCCGAUAGUUGUACAUGGUAAAGUAGAACGGAGGUACUGGUGGUAGCGGUCUAGCUUCCAUUUGCUGUUUCAAUAACGUAUUUUCAGCCUCAAGUGCUGUCACUUUAUUCUUAAUUUCUCUAUUCUCGGUAGCUAGCAUUUCUAAUUUUCUAGCAAGAAAAGCCACCUGCACUUCAUUGGUCGAUUAGCACAAUUGUCAGCCUCAUGAGAAGCAAUCGCUCGUCGCUCGAACUUUUCCCUGCACUUAUACUUGCACUCAAUCAUGACAAAGCCACAUCCCCCUAUAGAGUUAGCCGUGGGGUUGAGGUGGUGGUCCACUUGUCCUAGCUCCCCUUGCCAGUCACAGCCCUGGGCCUUCUUGGGACAAUACACCCUCAGGGCAUUCACCUCUCGGGCCACACCCUUGUGGAGAAGUGUCAUGAAGUCUGGAGAAUUGCAGAGAGGACAAGGCUUUCUGUUACUCUUGAUUCGACCAAUGCAAGGGUCACAAAAGUGGUUACCACAGCAACUGAUGACCAUGGAGUCUCGUAGCGUCAAAAGGCAUAUUGAACACUCCAAAGAUUUGGGGGGCUGAUCUACAAAAUCGUAAUCGUAACCUCCACUGAAUUUAGCCAUUUCUCAAGCCAGCUGCAUGUAGAAACAAAAUGUUGGUAGCUAUAUAUAAUUCUAGUAUAAUAAUUAUUAUAACUAGUGUUCAAGCUGGCGCUGUGCUAAUGCCUCUCGCCAUGUUUUUGCUUUCGCUGAAAAGUAUUAGAGUGUUAUAUUAGUUUCUAUAAUGAAUUUUAUAUUAAAGUUAGCUUAUCUAUAUAAAAUCACUGAGAAGAAAAGACUUAUUUACAUGCAUCUAUUGUUGUAUUAUGUGGCGUACUAGGACCUCAAGAAAGAAGAAAAAUUGAUUCUUCCAGGAUUUGUAGUUCAGUGUAUAUAAGAAAGACCUGUGUACAUGCAUAUUGUUAUCUAUAUUGUUAUAUGGUAGUGUUUUGACUGUGGCUUACCAGGCCUUCAAGACAAAGAUGAUUCUGCCAGGAGGAUCUGGAUCUGGAUCUUGGAUAUUUAUUUCUCACAUUGGGAAUGAGCGCGCAUGCGCAUUACAUCCACAGGAAUAAUUAAAGGUGUGUCCAAAGAGAUCAAAUGGCUACUGCUAGCUAGCUGUUUUAACAGAUAUUUUCUGAGUAUUGUAGCUAACAAAAAGCUAGCGCUUUAGUGCAAGGCUAACUCAU